AACGCAGAAUCAGGCUUGGAGAAGAUGCCUUUCAGUUGGCUGUCAGAGAUGAUGCAGGUUGGGAAUUGCACUUGUUCGUUUUUUUCUGAAGAUGACUGAAGUUGAACAAGCUAUUUUUUCCCCCUACAGGCAUUAAACACACACAUAGAAACAAAAGCUCAAGACUAUGUUUCUUUUUCUCACAGUACUUUUUCUUCUGGUUUUUAAAAUCACUUUGGUUAGUCUAUCAGCUCAAGAGCCAUGGGACUGUCCCAGGGGAUACCGAAUGUGGAAGGAAAAAUCCUCGUGCAUUGCAAAGCAAAAUGUGAUCUGCCAAGCCUUGCUACAUUUGGAACUUCCCCGCUCAUUCACCUACUCCUGUAUUCCGGGCCACACAUUGGAUAAGGACAAAUGGCCUUGUUAUAUUAGCAUUCCUACACCAUCACUUGUUUUCAGUAGAGGAAAUGCAAUCUUUAGAGUGGAUACAGAUGGAAACAAUCAUGAAAGAUUGGUGGCUGAUGCUGGACUAUCAGUGUUAAUGGAUUUCGAUUAUGAAGAAGAGCAUCUCUAUUGGGUAGAUACCAAAGAAGGUCUUCUCAAACAAGUGUACCUGAAUGGCUCAAGUCAAGAGACCAUUUGCUUCAUAGGAAAAGAUGUAUCAGGGUUUGCAGUAGAUUGGAUAAGCCGAAAUUUUUAUGUGGCUCACUACCAGAAGGCCACCAUUGAAGCUAUCAGCAUGGAUGAAAACCAUUCCCAAAUCCUUGCAAAGGAUGAACAUCAUCCCACAAGCCUUGCAGUUGAUCCAAGCAAAAGGUUUCUAUUUUGGUCUUCUGAAGGAGCCGUUGACAGCAUCUACAGAACAUUUCUAAGUGGAAAAGAAGUAUGGAGGAUUUUACAGAGCCCUGGAAAAAUCAAAGCUAUCUCAUUGGAUCUGAUUGAUGUGAGGCUCUUCUGGAUCCAGUAUGAGAAUGAUGCCAGUGACAUUUCACAUAUUGGAACCUGCAAAUAUGAUGGUAGUUCUGUGCAUAUACAUAAACCGUCAGUACGAAAUCAAUUGUAUGAUAUAUUUCUCUUUGCUGAUCACAUGUACUACUCUGACUCAAAAACUUGUACUAUCCGGAGAGCCAAUAAAUGCACAGGAAAGGACAUAGUUGCAAUCAACCUUCAACCAUCAUUUCCUCCACCAGCUGAGUUACUUGUGGUAUAUCCUUUAAAACAGCAGAGCAAAAGGAUGGAUUCUAAAGCAUUUGAGAGACCUUGUCUUUCAAGAAAAAAAAGCUGCAAGCCAAGCAUCUGCAAGAAAGACUACAGAAUCCGUCAGUGCAAAUGUAGACCUGGAUAUACCUUAAGCAAAUAUAGGCAGCAUUGUGAAGAUGUCAAUGAAUGUGCAUUAUGGAACCAUGGAUGUACUUUGGGCUGCGUGAAUAUCCCCGGAUCCUAUUAUUGCACAUGCCCAAGAAAUUUUAUUCUACUGCCUGAUAAGAAAACUUGCCAUGAACUUGUUUUCUGCACCAGCAACUACAUGCACUGCAGCCACGGCUGUGCACAGACCCCUGCAGGGCCUGUUUGCUUUUGCCCUGAAGGAUCAGUUCUCAAAGCAGAUGGACGGACAUGCACAGGUUGUACUUCUCCUGAUAAUGGUGGAUGUAGUCAGAUCUGUACUUUCCUGGAUCCAGCAACAUGGGAAUGUGGUUGCUUUCCUGGCUAUAGUCUCCAAAAAGAUAAAAGACAUUGCAUCCGUAUAGGACCCAAGCCAUUUCUGUUGUUUGCAAACAGCCAAGACAUCCGUCAGAUUGGUUUUGAUGGGACAGAUUAUUCAAGUUUACUCGACUGGCAGAUGGGAGUAGUCUUAGCUCUGGACUAUGACCCCGUUGAAAAUAAGAUUUAUUUUGCCCACACAGCUUUGAAGUGGAUAGAGAAAACUAAUCUGGAUGGCACAGAUCAUGAAAAAGUUAUCCGUGAAGCAGUCGAGAGACCUGAGGGGCUCACUGUGGACUGGAUUAACCGUAAAUUGUAUUGGACUGACCCAGGGAAGCUUUGCAUUGAAAGCAGCAAUCUCAAUGGCAUGCAGAGGAAAAUAGUUGUCCAGAAGGAUGUGUCCCACCCUGGGGGAAUUGCUGUUCAUCCAUUCAUUGAGAAACUAUUUUGGACAGACCUGGGAGUCAACCCACGGAUUGAAAGAUCUUCCUUACAAGGCUCUGAUCGUCUCAUUAUAGCAAAGUCAGACUUACUUUGGCCCAGUGGAAUAACUAUUGACUACUUGGCUGACAAGUUGUACUGGUGUGACGCGAAAAAGUCUGUUAUUGAAAUGGCAAAUCUGGAUGGUUCUAAACGACAGAUACUCACACAGAAUGAUGUAGGUCAUCCAUUCGACAUAACAGUGUUUGAAGAUCACAUUUGGAUCUCUGAUUGGACAAGGCCUUCGAUACUGAGAGUGGACAAGAAGACUGGCCUGAACAGGGUGCGCCUUGGAGGCAGCAUGCUGAGGCCCUCCUCGCUGGUGGUUGUUCAUCCUUUAGCAAAACCAGGACUUACACUCACAUCCAAGAAGGAUGUGCCAACAAACACCACAUUCACAUGCUACCAGCAUCCGCCAAGUAAGAGUGAAUCUGGAAGCAGCAGUGGAGAUGGUCUACAGAAGGAGACACUGACUGCUGAAAUGGUGCUAUCUAGCAAGGAUGAUUGCAUAUGGUUGGGCUGUGAUGUCCAUGCGCAGUGCAUUUUGAAUCAAGAUGGUGCUACCUGUCAAUGCCAGAUAGGGUUCAUCAGGGAAAACCAAUUGUGCUAUGAUAUCGAUGAGUGUAGUUUUAACAUGGAUGGAUGCAAUCGCACUGUUUCUAGGUGUCUCAAUACUGAAGGCAGCUACUUCUGUGAGUUCCAAGUGGGAUUUACUGAGGAUGGACUCCAAUGCUCUGAAUCUGCCACAUCUCCCACCUCUCCAACCAGAGAUAAGUCCACUUUAUCAGAACAAGAUAGUCUGACUAACUGCCCAUCAUCAUACUGCCUUCAUGGGGGAGUUUGUGUUUAUUUUUCAGUUCUACAAACUUUUGCAUGCAACUGUGCAAAAGGCUACCUUGGAGAGCGCUGUCAGUUCAGUGACUUGGAGUGGUGGGAUCAGCAACAUGUGAUGAAAAUUAAGAAGCAGAAGAGGCAACUGAGGUUUUACAAGAAGGAACCCUGUGCAGAAGAAAUAAAAGACAGCAGCAGCAGUGAUGACAGGAAGGGCACCAUGCCACCAACCAAUAAGCCUCUGCAGCUUGAACAAUGGAAACCUGGAUCCUGUUUACUGGUAGAAGAUGUCAUAGAACUCUCCGCAGCCAUGUCCAGCUACCCGGAAAUCCUAGUCCUGUGA